GCCCCGCCCCGCCCCGCCAGCCCCGCCCCGCCCCGCACCGCCAGCCCCGCCCCGCCCCGCGCGCUCCUCGCAUUGGCCGAGUCCCCGCGGCCACACCCCCUACCAGAUUGGGGCCGCUAUUGGACGCGGCGGCCGCGGCCAAUCGGAGCCGCUCUUGCUGCGACGCCGCGGUCGGAAGCGGAACAAGGUCGAGGCCGGGUUGGCGCCGGAGCCGUUGAGGGGCCGCUUGGAGCUCGUGUGGGGUCUCCGGUCCAGGCGCGGCAUGGGCGUCCUGGCCGCAGCGGCGCGCUGCCUGGUCCGGGGCGCGGACCGAAUGAGCAAGUGGACGAGCAAGCGGGGCCCGCGCAGCUUCAGGGGCCGCAAGGGCCGGGGCGCCAAGGGCAUCGGCUUCCUCACCUCGGGCUGGAGGUUCGUGCAGAUCAAGGAGAUGGUCCCGGAGUUCGUCGUCCCGGAUCUGACCGGCUUCAAGCUCAAGCCCUACGUGAGCUACCUCGCCCCUGAGAGCGAGGAGACGCCCCUGACGGCCGCGCAGCUCUUCAGCGAAGCCGUGGCGCCUGCCAUCGAAAAGGACUUCAAAGACGGUACCUUCGACCCUGACAACCUGGAAAAGUACGGCUUCGAGCCCACACAGGAGGGCAAGCUCUUCCAGCUGUACCCCAGGAACUUCCUGCGCUAGCUGGGCGGGGGAGGGGCGGCCUGCCCUCAUCUCAUUUCUAUUAAACGCCUUUGCCAGCUA